AUGCUGCUACGCAUGGCAAAACCCGCCAUCUCUGGCGCUCUGUGCGCAGCAGUGCGCCCUCGGCUGGCUCUCAGUGCCCCCCGCGCCCAACCCAUCGCCGCCCUUUCGACUUCAUCGAUCAAAUCAGCGACAGCCCUUGAACGCCAAUCAUCAACGGGGCAACAGUUGACUGCAUCGGGCAAGGCCCGGAGAGAAGUGCCUUUGCCGAGCCAGGAGAAGAAGGAGGGUGCCAUGCAAUAUGUCCUGACUACUCUUGACCAAGUUACCAACUGGGCCCGCCAAAGCUCAUUGUGGCCGAUGACUUUCGGUCUUGCAUGCUGCGCCCUUGAGAUGAUGCACCUUUCCACCCCCCGAUAUGACCAAGAUCGACUUGGUAUUAUUUUCCGAGCUUCCCCGCGUCAGUCCGAUGUGAUGAUUGUGGCUGGUACGCUGACGAACAAGAUGGCCCCGGCGUUGCGCCAGGUCUAUGACCAAAUGCCUGAUCCCCGGUGGGUCAUCAGUAUGGGCAGCUGUGCGAACGGUGGUGGAUACUACCACUACAGCUACUCGGUCGUUCGGGGUUGUGAUCGGAUUGUGCCAGUGGAUAUCUAUGUUCCUGGAUGCCCACCCACUUCCGAGGCGUUGAUGUAUGGGAUCUUCCAGUUACAAAAGAAGAUGAGACAUACCAGAAUUACCCGCAUGUGGUACCGGCGUUAG